AUAAAAACUUUAACACUCCUAGUAAACAUUGUACAAAUGAAAUAGUGUUACUGAAUUAUCUAUGAAAAUCUAAAUAAAACUAUGAGUGCGUUACAUUGUAAUCUUUGACUAUCGAAAUGUAGUUUUGUAAAAGUGUGAUUCGCGGCUUAUCUGAACUUCGGCAAAUAUAUUGAUAACCGGCGGAAAAGAUUAGAAGUUUAAUAAAUAGACAAUCGAAACACCGAUCCGUCUUAUUUGGGCGGGGAAUUAGCACAAAUAUUUUUAGUCAAAAUGUUUGUGUGUAGAAGUUUAUUAGUUUUAUUGUUAGUUAGUUUAGUUUCUUGUGAGAGUGGUUGCUACUUCAACAGGCAGUGUGCCUACCCGUUGUACUCCUCCAAAACUCCCUAUGACACCGUGCGGGGGGAUGUCAGGGACCACCCCAAAUUAGAAGGAUGCUCAGCCGUCAGCGUGUGGUCGCUGCACCGGCACGGCAACCGCAACCCCGGCUCGGGCGUGGUGGAGAGCACCCGCCUGGUGGCGCUCAUGAAGGAUGACAUCAUCGCGGCCUGGGAGGCGGGGAAGGGGGAGCUGUGCGCUCAGGACAUAGACCUAUUCCGCGCCUUCCAAUGGAACUCCACGAUCGAAGCCUCGCCCUCCUUCCUGACGGGCACCGGCUACGACGAGCUCCUGCACCUGGGGCAGAGGAUCCGGCAGAGGCAUCCCGAGCUGGUGGAAGGAAACCUGACUGAUGCAGUCUACUUCCGAGUGACCAAUGAACAGAGGACGGUGGCCAGCGCCAUGGCGUAUAGACAUGGGCUGCUGGGAGAAGAGAGUGAUGCGGUGAUUGACGGGCCGUGGGACCCUGAUAUGGUUAUUCGGCCCUACGCGUUCUGCGAGCGGUACACCAAGGAGGUCCGUGGCGAGGCGGCGCCGGUCAACGCACAGAUUGACGCUUUCCAGAACUCUGCACCUUACGCUGCUGUGGUGUCAGCAGUCCAGAAGCGCCUCGGCCUCACUCGCUCGCUGACAGCAGACGAGGUGUACCACUUCUACGAGCUCUGCCGCUUCGACCGCUCCUGGCAGCCGGCGCUGCGCUCGCCGUGGUGCGCCGCCUUCUCUGAUGAAGACCUGGUGGUGCUGGAGUACAGGGACGAUAUCAGGCACUACUACAGGAAUGGAUACGCGUCCUGGCUGAACCCCCGCCUAGGCCGUCCAGUGAUCAAGGACCUACUAGACACGUUCACGGCGGCGGCCGGGGGCGCCCCACGCCGGGUCACCGCCUACUUCUCCCACGACACCAUGCUGCAGAUGGCCUUCGCCGCGCUGGGGCUGUACAAGGACGAGUUCACGCUGGUCGGAGACUCCAUGGUGCCGGAGCGGCAGUACCGGACCAGCUAUAUUGCUGCGUUUUCUACCAACAUCUUGGCUGUCUUGCACAGAUGCGGCGACUCAGACAACCAGACGCACCGCGUGCAAAUGUUCAUCAACGAGAAGGAGACCCCCCUCUGCCCCGCGGGGGGGUGCUCCUGGGACCAGUUCCAGGAGCAGUUCCAGCAGUUCCAGGACGCGGACCUGUCCUUCUGCAACUCGACGUCUGCCUCCGGCCCUGAUGGGGGCGGCAACUCACCCGGGGGCGCGGCCGCGGUUACCGUCCCGGUGUUUAUUCUCCUAGCUCAAGCCGCUAUGUUUGUGUUGAGUAGGGUGUGAUCUGUGUAGUGCUAGUUUGUAGGUUGUAGGGUUAUUUAUUCAGUCACUAAAAUAUAUUUAUGCGAUAGUUGUACA